CAUUCUGUUCUCGACGUCGCGUUCAUUGUGGGGAGCCAUUACCCUUGUCCGCGCUAAAGCAUCGUGCCAUAUUCCCAUUCGCGCCCUAAAACUAACAGCAUUCUAGUAGUUUUAAGUGAAAUAUUAUGAGAGUGAAGACCGAAAUGGACGACGACGAAAAGGGAAAACUGUUUGUUGGAGGAUUGUCUUGGGAGACAACGCAAGAAAAUCUGCAACGUUACUUCGGUCGUUAUGGCGAAGUAAUUGAUUGUGUUGUUAUGAAAAAUAGUGAAUCUGGACGAAGCCGUGGAUUUGGAUUCGUUACAUUUAGCGAUCCUGCUAAUGUUCCUUUGGUUCUUCAAAAUGGACCACAUCAACUUGAUGGACGUACGAUUGAUCCAAAGCCAUGUAAUCCACGUACCUUACAAAAACCAAAACGCAGUGGUGGUUUUCCAAAAGUUUUUCUUGGCGGCCUUCCAAGUAACGUGACAGAAACUGAUCUUAGGUCCUUCUUUACUCGAUUUGGGAAGGUUAUGGAAGUUGUCAUUAUGUAUGAUCAAGAAAAAAAGAAAUCGAGAGGAUUUGGCUUUCUCAGUUUUGAGGAUGAAGAUGCUGUGGACCGAUGCGUUGCGGAGCAUUUUGUCAGCUUAAAUGGAAAACAGGUUGAAAUUAAACGUGCUGAACCUCGAGAUUCUUCAAGUAAAAUGAAUGAUAGUCAUCAAGGUCAGUGGGGUCCGCCUCAACAAGGCGGCCCACCAAUGGGUAUGGCUGGGAAUAUGGGACCUAUGGGUGGUCCAAAUGGUCAGAUGGGUGGACCUAUGAUGGGUGGUCCUAUGGGACCUCCUGGAAAUAUGAUGCAACAAUAUCAAGGUUGGGGUACAAGUCCUCAGACUGGUGGAUAUGCUGGAUAUAGUACUCAGUAUAAUACUCAAGGAUGGGGUGCACCACCAGGACCACCUCAACAACAGCAAAUCCCACCACCGCCACCGCAUCAAUGGGGUAGCAGUUAUAAUGUCCAGCCUGCAGCAGCAACUCAAGGUUAUGGAAGUUAUGGUGGGCCGGCGGCGGCCGCUUCAGGGGGCUACGGGCCCACGGCGGGUACUGGCGGGGCUGCGGGGGGCGGGCCCGGGGGUUCUUGGAACUCCUGGAACAUGCCACAGAAUGGGCCCCCUCCUGGGACCCAGCCACCACCCCAGCCCCCUCAACCCAACUCCUCGCAGCCCAACUCCAACUCGAACCCCUCUGGCCCGCAGGGUGAUAUGUAUUCACGACAAACUACCGGCUCAGGUGCACCUGGAACUAGUAGCAGUUCGGCUAAAACACCGGAUUACAGUGGCUAUUCCGCAUAUGGUAAUUAUGCUGAUACCACUUAUCCUCAACAACGUUCAUAUACGGGAGGAGAAAGCAACCAAGAAAAGAAGAAAACAAAAAAAGCAUUUCGCAGUAUGAAUACAUAAAUUUUGGAUCCUUAAACGAGAGGAGGUGAAAGUCGUGGGAGUACGAAAAAAAACAAUACUUCGACUGAGAAAGAAGAGAAAAAAAUAGGGUUCGAUCAAUCGAAUCGAAUCUAGUUAUUUUCUUAUGAAUGAAAAAGGUAAAGGAGAGUUUGAGUGAGAGUCGAGAGGAAAAGGAGGAAGAGGUUAUGUGAAAAAUUGAAAGCGAACAGAAUAAUCGAGAGUGUAAAGUUAGAAGUGAAAAAGAGAAAAAAAUAUGAAUAUGAAUCAAAGAGAAAAAGAGAAAUUUCGAUUGCAUGCAUUCAUUGGCGUUGUAGCAGUUUUAAAUAUUCAUUUAUUCGUUGACAACGUUAUUUGUCGAUGAACUUUUCCAUUAGAAAAUUUUUUAUAAACGAAAAGAAAAUAAGAAGAAAAGAUUUCGUGUUGAUCUUGCCACGUCACGUCGAGAAUCUUAAAACGCGUGUUUUUAGUCAUGUUUAUAUGAAAAACGUACCGUUUAGUUGUUCUAUUGUAUAAAAUAAUUAAAGCUACGUUCGGUAUAAAGAGUAAAUAAGUAAAUAAGUGUAAAAUUGUACAAACGAUCAUCCGUUAGCAAAGCAGUCAGAUUUUAGGGUCAAGCGAAUGGAAAUAUGAGUACACAUACAUAUACAUACAAGAACCCACAAAAAUAUACACUCAGAUACACAGGUAAAUAAACUGAAUUAAAAGCGCGGAUUAGAGAUCAAUGCAAUAGUAAAAUACGAAAGAGAAUGAUUAACGAUAAGCCCCUUAUUAUCUAUGCGCGAACACACAUGUAUAUGUACAGAGUGAAUCAUGUAACGUGAUCAAAAAUAAAAUUUCUUUCAAUUACUAUUCAAACAAUUUAGAAUAACAUAAUAAAACCUAAUUGAUUAUAUUACAUUUUUAUAAGUCAAUAUUUUCAUCAAUUUUUCAGGAUACUCAUGUUACAUGAGUUCAAUCUAUACACACAUACACACAUCUACGCAGUAUGCAUAUAUAAAUACUCCAUUCGUUUUUCUUUCUUUUUUUUUUUUUGUAAUUAUCACAGAUACAUAAAAACACGAGAGUAUCGUAUCAAAGUUAACAAGGGUACUUCACAGUAUGUACUUCAAGAUAAAUCAAAGGGCAGGAAUGCUUGCUGCUGAUUACGUGUUCCAUAUAUACAUAAUAAUAUGUUUAAACGUACUGUACUGAUGACUAUAAGCUUAACACUUCUCUAGUAUUAAACGGAUGAUGAUCGUAGGAGAAAGAGAAAGAAGAGUACAGGAAACGUGUUAAGGUUUUUUUUUUAAAACUUCGUCGUCGAAUAUACCUCAUAUACGAUAAUAAAUGAUAAUCUUCGUGCAAGAAUAUUUUAGAGCGAGUUUUUAUGAGAAAGGAAGGGAGAGGGAUCGAUUUUGAACUUUUUCAGUUUUAUAUCCAGAAGUUCCUAAUCAUCAUCGACAUAAAUAAAAGUUACCAUGUCGAAAUACCAUCGUGUUGACAAACUAUUCUACUUUUUCACCUUUUAAUCAUACAGAAAAAAAAAGAAAUAAACAAAAUAUUUUACGAUACGCGUUAUUCUACGUUGCGAUAGAAACGGGAAUAGUCGAUUAUGGUCAUAUUUGAAAAUCGAAAGAGGACGACGUAACGCGACGAGAAAACGCAUUAUUAAUGAAUAAGGAAAAGAGAGAUAAAUAGAAACAUUUUGAAAAAUCGUGCUCGUACUAAUGUUAUACUUAUACUUACUACAUGUACGUUUCUAUCUACGACGAUCUCCCUUCCCGUUGUGCGGCUGUGAGUUAAUAAUACUUCUGGAUAAUUUAGGAGAAUCGUAAUUAAAAAGGUUAGAGAAAGUCCGAAGAAUGAGAAAAAGGAAAACGCCGAUUGACGAAGGCGCGCGCGAAAUUUUCGUCUAAUUAAGUUUUAAGUAAUUAAGUCGCCAAAGUCAUGAAAGUAAAGAAUAAGAAACAAAUACGAAAGAAAGUCUACACGCGUCAAACAAAGAUUUCAUCUACACACAUCACACACACGCGCGCACACACAUACACACAGGCACGUACGCACGUAAAUAAAUACACAAAUCCAUAGAAAAAGAAAGAGAGAGAUCUCAAAACCUCAUAAUCAUUAGGACAGUGUCUCCCUAGUUCGCGAUUAGAUGUUUCUCUUUAAAUAAGUCAGCCUCUAAGUCAUUCGGGACCCGAAAGAAAUGUUUUCGAUUAAGUGCUAGUUAGUUUAAUCGUAAAAAUCCGUAGUUGAUAUCGGCGCUACAAGAAAGGGAUGUUUGAGAUAUAUGAGGAAUUGCGUGAUAGGAGUUAAAGAAAAUACGAUAUGAAAGAAAAAAAAAGAAAAGAAAAAGAAUGAAAACAGUAAUGGUCGGUAUAGUAUCUGAGAGAGAUGGGAAAGAGGGUGGGGAUCGAGAAUAAGCACCAUAAACGAGCCUUAAUCCAUAAUUUACAAUUUUGCGUAGUAUGUAAUAAUGGUUAUUAAAGAAGAAAAAAAAUAAAAUAAAACACUAGCUGGUACGUCCAGGCGCGGGAUAAGCGAAACUUACAUAGGAUUGUUAUUACGGAUACACACUAAUUAAGGAAUUAAAGGUAAUGUUUAAUUAGCGAUUUAAAUGAUCAAUACGAUCUUCAGACUGCAGUACGUAAAAUGUGUGCGCAUUUGACGAAUAUAAAAAAAAAUAAGUAAACGAAUGUGCAAGCCCGAUAUAUUAAUGAAUUCCUCGAUACCAUAGGUUAUCUGUUGCAUUUAAAAAAAAAUAACGGGAAAGUGACGAUCGUCUCGAUAAACAUGACUAAAUAUCCGCGACUCGAUGAUCACCUGACGUGGAAUUAUUAAUCUUUUUUUUAUUUUCGUGAAAAAAGAACAAAAGAGAAAAAAAAUACAGACGAAUACUAACCGAUACGAUGCUUUCACCUCCUCUAAUCUCAAAGGAUUUUUGAAACGUGAAAAAUUGUAAAAGAUCAAUUUCAUUUUUUAUUUUUUAUUGUUUUGCUUUUUUUUUAACUCUCGUUAAUUGCUAUUUUUCAUCUUCGAGUUUACAAUUCAGUCAAUGCUUCUAAAUCAGUCAAUUUAUAGAUGAUACACAUGCACGUACACAUAGGUAUAUAGAGUGACAUACCAAACACACAUACACAUCCUUGUUUAUUGCGUCUUUGGGUUCUUAUUAUGAAACAGGAAAGGAAUGGAAAGGAAAGAUCCUUGAAAAUAAUCUACAAAAAAACAUUCUUAACUGUGUAUACUUCUACAUUCUCUCAUCCGCGAUUCCGUUUGAUCUGGAAAUAUUGUCGAGACACUCGAGAGCUUAAUUAUAUAAUUGGUGAUCGGUAAAAGAUUCUUUAUAUACUGUUGUAGUUACUAGUUACUGUAUACUAUUACUACUACUACUAUUACUAUAUUUACAUAUAAAAAUCCUGUAUUGCCGACCAGAAAAGAUCGAUGCUUUACAAAUACGUCAUGACGAACAAGAUGAAGAAGAGAGACAGUCUAUGUGUAUCUGUGUGUGAGAAAGAGAGGGAGAGAAAGAGUAAAACAUUGCAGCUCUUUUCGUUUUGUUGCCGUUCCCUUAAUUACUAAUUAGGAUCGAAAAAAAGUCGUACUUUCGCGUUAAUUUGUUUAAUCACUUAUACAAUAUAUCUUGAGAACUAUAUUUUAUCAUUUUUUAACUACACACUUAUUCGUGUUAAGAAUACGUAACGUUAAUAAUAAUAAUAAUAAUAAUAAUAAUAAUAAUAAUAAUACUAAUAAUAAUAAUAAUAAUAAUAAUAAUAAUAAUAAUAAUAAUAAUAAAUAAUAACAUAAUCAAUAUCCGCGGUUAUAGCAUUUUAUCGAGGCUACUCGUUAUAAAUAUAAAAUGGCACAUUUUUUAAUUAAAAAUCAAGAAAAAAACUAUAGUUUAAGUUUUAUAAAAGAGAAUCGAGAUCUCAACGAACUCAAUCAAUUUUUUAAGAAUGAGCUUAAAUAUUUGUUUUAUAUAGAUAUACUGAUUUAAACGAUUAUAUAGAAGAUAUUGAAACGGACGAGUUAAAAAUUUUUUUAAUUAUUAUUAUUUCUUUGUCCUUUUUUUUGUCUUUUUUUUAGGAUAUUAGGAGAGCAAGAGAGAGCAUGAUUGUUGUGCGAGUGCGACGCGCGAAAAAGAAAGAAAUAAAAAAGGGAGUACGUAUAUAAAUAAACAAGGAAUAUAAUUAAUUACUUUACACUUUUUACUAUCGUACACAAGAGACUAAGUCAUGCACGUAACGAGUGCACAGAACCGUAGAAAUUUUUCUCAAAGAUACGACUGAUUAGGUGAAUGUCUCGUCAUAAGUUUUUAUUCUCGUUAACGAUGGUGGUAUACUCGUGAAUACUUUUUAAACGGUCUAGUUUAAAUGAAAUUCUCUCUUUGUCUGUGCCUAAGAAUAGAAAAUGAUCAAUUUAUUAUGAGACUAAUCGUGAGAAGCUGAUUUAGAUAAUGAGGAAACGCCUUUGUCGGAGAACGAAGAACAUAGUGUUCGCGGAGUUUCGAUGAAAAAAAAAAAAAAAAUGAAUAUUUUUUACGUAUCCAAAUGUCUUGCCGUUCUCAAAUUAUAUUUAACUUGUAUUUGUUUUAUUAUUAUUAUAUAUUUUUUUUUAUUUAUAAAUGCGUACUUUCCAAAUGCAAAACACUUCGCGGCCAUGUUCUUGAAGACAUCGUCAAGGCUUAAGGAGUUGGCGAAAUAAACGCGAUAUCGUUAAUGUAGAUCGACUAAUUAUCAAUAUAAGGGAUAAUUUCUCUGUACAAAUGUAAUAUAAAUUAAUUCCGCAAUUAUCUUCAUCCGGAAACUGGGUAAGAAAGACUUUACUUUUACUCUCGUUUUUAAUUAAUCGUAAACGCAAUAUAUUAUAUAAUAGAGAUGUCUCUGUUAGGGAACCAAAUGUUGUAAGUUCGAGACACGUCAAAUAUGAUUAUAAUAUCAAUAAUUAAGAUGUCGAUAACUAUUGAAUUAAUUAUUUAAUUAAUUAAAGUCUAACUCGAAAUAAGGCCAUCGCGUAGGAGAAGUAUUAAAAAUAGUGACUUUCGAGAGAAAGAUGAGAGAGUGAGAGAGAAAGAUGAUAUUUUUAAUGAAUUAAUAAAAUAUGCCAACCAUUGUGUUCUCCACAAAAAUCAUACUUAUUCCGUAAUUUUUAAGUAAUAGGAACAACAACAUAAAAGAAAAAAAAAGAAGAGGGAAAAAAUCAGAGUAAAGAUA